AGGGAUUCGCCCGGGCAGAAGCUCGCUCUAAACCGUCCGCGCUCUUUAGGACCUCAGGGAAACCAGAGCGUUUCUGGCUUUAGGACCCAGGAACUCCGAGGCAGCCUGGACUUAGAUGCCUUGGACCACAGCACCACCUACUUAUAGAAGCAUCCCGAGCCUCAGCCCUUCUGCAUCUCCAUCGGAAAGUGCGCUCGCCACAUCUCUGUCUCCCACAGCUUGGAAAGGACGAAGGCUUGGCUGUGAAGGGGCCGUGGAGAGAGCCCGGGAAGCUGCGCAAUUGGACAGGGACGCAGUGGGAAGCGAGAGCGGGUGCACCCGUUGCCCAGGGGUAGCACUUGCGAGCGGGACGCAGCAUCCCAGUGGCCGCGUACGUGCCAGUCCAGGGCAGCUCGUACCGGGCGCCGCCCGCCCAGACGACCCUCGGCGCACGCCCGCCCUGCGGCGGCCGCUGGGAACCGGUAGCUGCCAGGCGCUCCCGGUGGCUCGCCGCAAACUUUCCCCUGGCCCACGUGCUAACGAAGCGGCCGGCUUCCCGACCUGGGAUGGAGCGCCGCGCCUAGGCACGCCGCGCCCUCCGAGACCGACGUGCGCACGGUUCACGGCGGAGAGAUGCUGCUCGCACCGAACUGACGCGUGCGGCCCCCGGGGUAGCGGCGACUCGCCCUCCGAGUCCUCCCCAGCAGCGCGCCGGCGCCGGCUUCUUGGAUGAGCCCUCCAGUUCCCCGACUCUGAGAGGCGCCUCUCCCCAGCCAACCGUCCAGAUGCAGUUUCGCCUCUUCUCCUUUGCGCUCAUCAUUCUGAACUGUAUGGAUUACAGCCACUGCCAAGGCAACCGAUGGAGACGCAAUAAGCGAGCUAGUUAUGUAUCAAAUCCUAUUUGCAAAGGUUGCUUGUCUUGUUCUAAGGACAAUGGGUGCAGCCGAUGUCAACAGAAACUGUUCUUCUUCCUUCGAAGAGAAGGGAUGCGCCAAUAUGGAGAGUGCCUGCAUUCCUGCCCGUCAGGGUACUACGGACACCGAGCCCCAGAUAUGAACAGAUGUGCAAGAUGCAGAAUAGAAAACUGUGAUUCUUGCUUUAGCAAAGACUUUUGUACCAAGUGCAAAGUAGGCUUCUAUUUGCAUAGAGGCCGCUGCUUUGAUGAAUGUCCAGAUGGUUUUGCACCAUUAGAUGAAACCAUGGAGUGCGUGGGAUGUGAAGUUGGUCACUGGAGUGAAUGGGGAACUUGCAGCAGAAAUAAUCGCACAUGUGGAUUUAAAUGGGGCCUGGAAACCAGAACACGGCAAAUUGUUAAAAAGCCUGCAAAGGACACAAUACCCUGUCCGACCAUUGCUGAAUCCCGGAGAUGUAAGAUGGCCAUGAGGCACUGUCCAGGAGGGAAGAGAACACCCAAAGCAAAGGAGAAGAGAAACAAGAAGAAGAAGAGGAAGCUGAUAGAAAGGGCCCAGGAGCAACACAGUGUCUUCCUCGCCACAGACAGAGCUAGUCAGUAAGGGACAAGGCCCGGAUGGUGGAUUUGGGUUUCUGUGGGUUUUGUUUUUUGUUUUUUUUGCAAAGGUGCACAAAGCUACUCUCCACUCCUGCACACUGGUACACAGCCUCCGUGCUGCUGUGACCGGUGCCUGUUCCCAGUAACAUUGUGAAAGGAAGAGCCACGGGUGUGGUGUCCGAGUUAUUUAUGCUUUGACCUGAACCUGGAGACUGUGAUGCGGGAGCUUGUUAGCCUGACUCAGUGGAAGCAGGCACGUGAUGGGCUCGCUGUGUGCUGAGAGACUCUCCCUGGCUCCACGGGUGCUUGCGAGGUGUGAGGCUGCCAGCCACCACCGGAGAAGGCACUCGUGCCUGUUUAUGUGAACAAUGCUCGGCCGGCGAAGCAUGGUUCACCUUGACCUUUGCUUCUCCAUCAUGCAUUUUCAAAGGAUAAGUGUAUGUGGCUAUCUGCUUAGUGUUACCCCACAGUGUCCCAGCGUCUGUGACCUUCAGACUGUUGAGUGAUGACACUGCUUUUAGCUGGGGAUGUGCUACGGAAAUGCCUGCUCAGUUUCACAGCAGCUCUCAUAUGUACGUAUUCUGCUGGGGCUACAUAUAAAGCUCUUAUUUACUGUAUAUUUAUGCUUCCCUGUAUGUAACAAGUCAGACCUGAUUAAUAUGAUGUCACUUUGUUUCUAGUGGUUCCUAACCAUUGCCUGGUAAAUAACUGUUCUAGGUUUGCAAAUGGAAAAGUGUCUUGUUGCCUCUUGAAACUUUUUUU